GACUCUGCGGCGGCGUGACAAGAAGCGCAUGUAAACACAACAUACUCGGGUACUUUAUAUAUGCUAGACCUGCUUCUUAUGUUUUUGGAACAUUAUUUUGUAACAUUGCGCAUAUUCUGUACAUUUGCUACCAACCAAUGAAACCAUUUUGAAGGAAGUAUACUUCAAUAAUACGCGCUAAAGAUGAGCAACAUAUAUAUUCAAGAGCCACCAACUAAUGGAAAGGUCUUGCUGAAGACCUCUGCAGGUGACAUAGACAUAGAGCUCUGGUCCAAGGAAACUCCCAAGGCAUGUAGAAACUUCGUUCAGCUCUGUAUGGAGGGUUACUAUGAUGGCACAAUCUUUCAUCGUAUGGUGCCAGAGUUCAUUGUUCAAGGAGGAGAUCCUACAGGCACUGGAAGCGGUGGAGAGUCUAUCUAUGGCCGGCCUUUUAAGGAUGAAUUUCACUCCAGAUUACGCUUCAAUCGGAGGGGUUUGGUUGCUAUGGCAAAUGCUGGACCUCAUGAUAACGGGAGCCAGUUCUUCUUUACUCUUGGGCGAGCGGAUGAACUCAACAACAAACACACCAUUUUUGGAAAGGUCACUGGAGAUACAGUGUAUAACAUGCUCAGGUUGGCAGAUGUUGCGUGUGACGGUGAUGAGCGGCCACUCAACCCACAUAAAAUUCGAUCUGCAGAGGUCUUGCAUUCUCCAUUUGAUGACAUCGUUCCACGUGAAAUUAAAGGCAAAAAAGAGAAGAACAAAGAUGAAGCGAAGAAGUCACAGUCUAAAGCAACCAAGAAUUUUAGCUUGUUGUCAUUUGGAGAGGAGGCAGAGGAGGAUGAGGAGAUGGUCAAUCAAGUCAGCCAGACCAUGAAAGGGAAAAGCAAAAGCAGCCAUGACCUGCUGAAAGACGAUCCCAAGUUAAGCUCUGUUCCAGUUGUUGACAGGAACCAAGGUGAAGGAGAUUUUGAGGAUUCAGAUGAUGAUGACGAUGAUGGAGAGGACGACAGUGAUCGUGAAGCAGAGAAAGCGAAGGUCAGAGAGAACAUCGCAAAGAAGUUGAAGAAAGACAAGACAGAUGAGGAGAAGUCCAGUCAAGACUUGGUGAAGAAGACCUCACGCAGUGAUGAAUUGCGAAAAGAAGCUCGCCAGCUGAAGAAAGAAUUACUCGCAAUCAAACAGCGAAAAGAAGACGGUGUGAAGAAAGAAGAGGACGUCAGCGAGGUAGGUGACAGUAAGCAGAACAGUGAGGCGGUGACGGAGUAUCUGGAGAGCAGGAAGAAGUACGAGGACAUGAGGAAGCAGAAAUUAAAGAAGGGCUCUGGACGAGAGGCUCAGACACUUGCCCUUCUAGAAAGCUUCAAAUCCAAACUAUCAUCUGCAAUAUCGGAGACUCCUAGUGCUCCAGAGGAAGAUGUGGAGGAACUAGCCGAGGAUGAUGAUAAGGGCUGGAUGGCCCACGUUCUGCACUUUGAUGAACAAAGCAGAAAGGUAAAAGAUGCCAACAUGCAGGACGAAGACACGUUCGAGAUCUAUGAUCCACGCAACCCCGUCAACAAGAGGAGACGCGAGGAGAGCAAAAAACUCCUGAAGGACAAGAAGGCCAGGAGGUGAGACUGCAGAUACACGUUCUGCCCGUCUCAUUUCUAGACCAGAAGAAUCCAAUUAAUCUGUGCUGAAAUGAGAGAUCAUACACACAGUUCUUUUAUUAAAGACUCAUUUACAUUUGGUAUGAUACUUAGAGAUACUUGUAAAACUGGCAAUCAUUUAGUGUUUUUUAUAAGACAGACAACAAUCUGCUUUUUCCUUCUUGCGUCAUCAUUUAAAAUGUUGUUACAUUGUGAACAAACAGUCUCUCAAAAUGAGUGUACAUUUACAACAUAGUAAUAAAAGUCCUUAU